AUGGGAUGCGGUUCAGCUAAACCAUCUGAUGUUAAUAAUCCUCAAUAAAGUAAUAUCUUUAAUCUAUAUAUGAGUCAAUGACAAAUCUCAAUUACGUGUAACAUCUCUAAAUUUAGUAACUGAAAAGAUGGGACAGAUUUCAUAAGAUUAUCAUCUUUUGAAACCUUCUUUAGGAAAAGGUAAUUCUAUUUUUCCAAUCUACUUAUUAGGUGCUUAUGGAGAAGUUCGAAAGGGUAUUCACAAAUUGACAAAUCAAACUAGAGCAGUGAAAAUUAUAUCAAAAGAUAAGGCUAAAAAAGCAGAUAUGGAACGUCUAAAGGAAGAAGUUGAUAUUCUCAAAAGAUUGGUAUGUUUCAUUCUCUAAUCCAAGGAUCAUCCAAAUAUUAUAAAGAUCUAUGAAUUUUAUCAGGAUAAUAAAAAUAUGUAUAUAGUAACAGAACUAUGCACUGGAGGAGAGCUAUUCGAUAAGAUCUAAGAAUCUAGUUCAUUUUCAGAACGCAAAGCUGCAGAAACUAUGAAAUAGAUCUUGAGUGCUGUAAAUUAUUUGCAUAAAAGCAAAAUUGUUCAUCGGUACUUAUUUGGUUGCAAUUAUUUCUAAAAGUGAUAUAAAGCCUGAAAAUAUUCUAUAUGAAUCUUCUAAGCCUAAUGCCUUACUCAAAAUUGUCGAUUUUGGAACUUCUCGCUUUUAUGAUCCAGAUGUAAAAAUGGAUUAAAAACUUGGAACUGUAAUUCUAUAUUUAAUAUAGCCCUAUUACAUUGCACCAGAAGUAUUAGAAAGGAAAUAUGAUGAAAAAUGUGAUAUAUGGUCAUGUGGAGUAAUUCUCUAUAUUUUACUCUCUGGAACUGCUCCUUUUAAUGGAGAUGAUGACAACUUAAUUAUGGAGGCUGUAAAAAGAGGAUUCUAUUCAUUUGAUACAGAAGAAUGGAGAUUGAUUUCAAUUGAAGCUAAAAGAUUGAUAUCAAAAAUGCUUGAGAGAGAUCCUAAAAAAAGGAUAUCUGCUGAAUAAGCAUUAUAAGAUGAUUGGAUUACAACUUAUGUGAAAAAACCAGAGAUAGAUUUACCAUAAUUGACUAGAGUGUUAAAUAAUAUGAAAAAUUUUAAUGUUGAAAAGAAAUUUUAAGAAGCUGCUCUUACAUUUAUGGUCAAUUAUUUAGCAACUAGUUAAGAAAAGUAGGAAUUAUUGACAUAAUUUUAAGCAUUAGAUUUAAAUGGUGAUGGUAGAUUAAGUAGGGAAGAACUAAUUAUAGGUAUAUUUUAUAUAUAUAAAUAGGUUAUUCAAAAGUAAUGAGUUAUUCUGAUGCUGAAAUAGAAGUUGAUAAAUUAAUGAAAUAAAUUGAUUAAGAUGGAAAUGGUAGUAUUGAUUAUUCUGGUAUUUAAUGAUUAUUUUUAUAAUUUAUAGAAUUUGUUUUGGCUACUUUUAAUAAGGUAAAAUUAAUAGAGGAUAAAAGAUUGGAAUAAGCAUUUAAAUUAUUUGAUAAAGAUGGAAGUGGUACAAUAUCUAUUGAUGAAAUAAAAUAAAUAUUUGGUUAAAAUUCUUAAGUAUCAGAAAAAGUAUGGAAAGAUCUUAUAUAAGAAGUUGAUUAAAAUGGAGAUGGAUAAGUAAAUUGUAUUUUAAUUAGAUCGAAUUUAAAGAAUUCAAAGAAAUAAUUGUUAAAGCUAUUUAAAAUACUAAUGAAACUGAUGAUAUCAAGAAAUGA